CGUUUUUUUACGUCUGCAACGUGAAGUAACGAGUGUUGGUCUGUGGCACCAAACUGCGAGCGGCUCGGUUUUGCCUGACCUGAAAUAUGCCACAUUCACACAGGAUCGACAUGUAUCACCAAACUAGAAAUGGCAAUCUUCCCGCAGCCUGACUGAGUAAGCUAGCCAGCCACUUAGCUACCUCCUAGACCAGGUUAGCUGAGUGUAGUCGGCGCAUCACAAACAAACAAUCAGCUACGGAGAGGAGAAGAUGGCGGAGUACUCGCCUGUCCUGCCGAUGAGGGAUGGUGGAGCGAGGUUUGGCCUUGGACAGCCCAUCUUUCCUCGCUCCCGGUCCGGUUCUGAAUCCGAUAGUGAACUGUCACAGAGCCUGGCCCGAACCAAGAUCCGGUCGUACGGGAGUACGGCUAGCGUCGCGGCUUCUCUCGGCGAGAAAUACAUAGAGCAUCGGGUGACAGACAGCGACACUUUGCAAGGGAUAGCCCUCAAAUACGAAGUAACGAUGGAGCAGAUUAAGAGGACCAACAAGCUGUUCAGUAACGACUGUAUCUUUCUGCGUAACACCCUCAACAUCCCUGUCGUCUCAGAGAAGACCUCUCCCUUCAACGGCCUGUCUCUAGAGUCCCCCGACGGAGAGCCCCAGGACCAGGACUUCAACCCCCUGUGUGUGGGGCAGGACAGGGACAGGGACACUGAGGAGGACCCCUCGCUGCCCCUGGCCCCUGGCCCCGGGGAAAAGGACAGUAGUAGUUCUAAACGGCCCCAGCCAGAAGAGCUGUCAGCUCAAGACUUCCUCCACAGACUGGACUUGCAGAUUAAACAGUCAAAGCAGGCAGCACGCAGGCUCAAAGAAGAGGAAGUGAGACGUGUUAGCCCGCUGAGCUAAAACCAAUGAAUCAGCUUGGGGGACAGUGAAGAGGAAUACACACUUCCUGUUUCAUCAUACCAGGAGAUCUAAAGGACACACUUGUUUACCUGAAGCCCUGACAACCAUCCAUCCAUCCAUCCAUCCAUCCCCAUCCUUCCUUUCCCGUUGUUCUUGUAUCUCUCUCUACCAAACCAUGACACUGGACGUCAUGUCUAAGUGAGGUGUCAUCCUUUGCCUUUUUAAUAUUUAUCAUAGGUUUUAUUAUUAGGAUUAUUACUGUUCAACUGCUGUCAGUCAUGUGAACAGCAGGUAGUCUGUUACCUCAACACUCAUCCACUCACUACAAGUCUACAUGAUGCUGCUGUACAGAAUAACCCUCAGCUGGGUCUUUACCACACACACACACACACACACACACACACACACACACACACACACACACACACACACACACACACACACAUUGACACUCACACAUACACUCACACUCAUAGGAAACACACACAGGAAACACACAGGUGUGUGUUUGGGGGAUUAGAUCGAUACUCGCUUUUACCCCAACUCUGAUUAUCCAAUCCCUACUAGAAUAGCAUCAGUCCAGUAGAUGGAUGGAUAGCUAGAUGGAGAAGCCUCCAGUAUUACCUCCUCCUCUCUUCCUCCUCCUCUCUUCCUCCUCUUCCUCCACCUCCUACUCCUACUAGGCUGCAUCCAUAAUGGCACCCUAUUUAUUCCCCAUAUUGUCUGCAUCCCAAAUGGCUCACUAUGUAGUGCACUACUUUUGACCAGGGCCCAUAGGGUUUUGGUCAAGAGUAGUGCACUACAUAGAGAAUAGGGUGCCAUUUUGGACGUAUCCCUUGACUGAAUUCUCACCAGAAGCUAUGGAUGGGCGGGGUGGUGAAGCCUUUUAACUGUUUUGUUUACCUGUUUAGAAGCAUUCAUUGGUAACAUAAAGGGAAAGCUCUUUUUGAAGUGUGAAUGUACUGUUGUUUUUAAAGUGUGUGGAAUACUGUGCAAAUUAAACCAUGGCUGAGUUUUAAUGUGCUUUUUUUCUUGAUUUUUGAGGAUGAAUAAAUGCAACUUUAAAACAGA